AUGGAUAUUUUCAAGCAAUUGGAAAUCAAAAUACCUUUCUCAGAAGCACUUCAACAAAUGCCGGCCUAUGCAAAGUUCAUGAAGGAACUCCUCACCAAAACGAGAAAAUACAUUGAGGAGGAAACUAUUGAAGUGCAAGGCAAUUGUAGUGCCAUUAUUCAGAAGCUUCUUCCCCCAAAAUUCAAAGAUUCGGGCAGUUUCACCAUCCCUUGCACCAUAGGGAAGCUUGCCAUUGGGAAGGCCUUGAUUGACUUGGGAGCUAGUAUCAAUUUGAUGCCCCUUUCCUUAUUCAAGAAGAUUGGAGAACUAGAACUCAAGACAACUCGGAUGACUCUUCAAUUGGCUGAUAGAUCUAUCAAAUACCCACAUGGUGUUGUAGAGGAUGUUCUUGUGCAAGUUGACAAAUUUGUGUUCCCGGUGGAUUUUGUCAUCAUGGAGAUGGAAGCGGAUGUGGAUGUGCCUCUUAUCCUUAGAAGGCCAUUUAUGAAGACGACAAGAGUACUCAUUGAUGUUGAUGAUGGCAAGCUCAAAGUGAGAGUCCAAGAUGAGGAGGUGAAUUUUAAUGUCUUUGAAGCCAUGUCCCACCCCAGUGAUGAGGGAGAAUGUUUUAAAGUUGAUGUUCUUGAUGAAGUGUGCACUAGAGUGGGAAGGGAAAUUCAUAUCUCUUCUCCUCUUAUGAAAACCCUCAUUGAUGCACGUGAGUCUCUCAAUGAAGCAGAAGAGAGAAUUCUUGAAGACUGUUUGACAAAGCUGGAUGUGUUGAGGGAGAUCCCACCUCAUGAGAAACAAAUGGAAGAUUUGAAGACCCAUGAUAGUAUUGAAGAGAAGAAGGUGGAGCUGAAAAUGUUACCCUCUCACCUAAAGCUCAAGCAAAGUGGUUUAUGUGCAUUUUGGUAUGUUGGUGCUUGGUCAAGCUGA